UUGUGCAAAACGUUGUGCUGUUUGGUAUUAUUUUUUUCAAAAAUAUAUUUUGUUUAAAAACAUACGAAUCGUAAUUAGGCGUACUCAGUGCUACGCGAACCGUGCUAUAGAGUGGAUUACUUUUUACCCCAAAAAAAUAGCGGCUGCUGUAAUUCGAACGUUUUGUAGUGAUUCUGUGAAGAAAACACGCAUUGAACAAACAAUCUUUACGCUGAAAACAAUUUUCAGAACUAAAGAAAAUACAAAACAAAUAAAUUAAAAUAAUAAAUAAAGAAAAUGUCUGUAAAGAAGUGCAUUUUGGGCAUUGGCCUAACAAUCUUUUUAGUUCUGCAGGCAGUCAGUGCGAAUAUAGAGACGAACGAAGUGAACGAUGGUGUUGAAUAUUAUAUGCUACAGGGCGUCCGUGUGUAUCCGAAUGAUCGUCAUUGUGCCCUAGUCGGUGGUCUUUGUGUGCAAUCCAGCGACUGUACAGAACCAACCACAAACAAGGGUCUCUGUCCCUCCAGCUCGCAUUUGGGUGCCGAAUGCUGCUAUGAAUAUAAGCCCAAGCUACCCUAUCGUUAAAAUUGUGCGAAAAUGCAUUUCUACAAAAAAAAAAUCCUAUUAUUAAAACAUUCCUAUGUGGGGCUUAAAGCCCUUUGAAUUGGUAUUACAAUAUGUUCUCAUUUAUUGUUCUCGUUUUCCUUCCUUAUAUCUGUGCCCACUAACUCCAACACUACCAACACUUCCUGGCUCUCUUUCUCUCUCACUCUCUUUAUUAUCCGCUCUGUGUCACCACCUACUGUUAUUUUGUGCGUGUCUGUGCAUGUUUCUAGUGCCGGUGAGACCAGCACCUUGUGUCGAACACUUGGGCGAGUGCAAGGAUCGUUGCCACCAGAGGCUUCUUCGACCCGGAACCGAUUGCGAAAAUGGACAAGUAUGCUGUGUUCUAAUAUAGUUGCAUAUGAAAAUUCCUAUAAAUUCUAUGUUAAACAAAAAAUGAAAUGAAAUGUGCAACUGUGAAAUCAGUUCUGUCUAUAUACACAUACAUGUAUUUAUUUAACUCUUUAACUAUAUGCUUCUUAUAUUGUAUGUACUUUAUAAUAUGUAUAUGCCGAUUUUAAGUAUCCGAUGAAAUAUUCGACUGCUGUAAUAAACACACUGUAAAUAUAAGUAAAUAAAUAUUGUUA